GGUGGAUUAUCUUCAUCGAGAAGGCCGCCGCGCGCAGAGGAUGCACGAGACACGACUGAUGAGGGCGUCUGUCGUGCACGCGGCACAAGCUACUUAUUAAAAAAUAACGUACAAACCAACACCUCAGGGAAGGUUUCGACGGGAUUGCUUCGCUUUAAAAUAAAUAAAACUACACUUAUUUUGGACGUUUUGAGAUCCGCCAAAGCGCCUCCCGGACCAGGCGUUUGAGGCGCCGCCAUGCGCGCGCUGCUGUCGGCGUGGAUGUGGCUGCUGCUCGGUGUGCUGCCUCCGGAGGUCCACAGCCGGGCUUCCACGCUGCAGAGUCUCACCCACAGACUGAGGUCUAGUUCACCCAGAACAUCAAAAUGCCCAAAGUCUAUAAACACCGUCAUUAUGCCUACUCCAUCUGAUCUGUCUGUUGCCGUUGACAACCACAUCACCGAGGGAGACACACGUAUCAUCUGGAGGGCCCUGAUGCACAAAGAGCCCCCGCCAAGUCUGUCCGGCGCGUUGCUCGACCGAAGAGACAGUGUGCUAUGGGAAGCGACGGUCCAGCAGCGUGGGUCACGAGGCCGUCGUCACACCAACGGUGGUGGUGGGAGGGGUCACAGCCAUCUAAUGAGGGUGGGGUGUGUACUAGGCACCUGUCAGGUUCACAACCUCAGCCACCGUCUCUACCAGCUAAUUGGACAGAGUGGUAGGGAAGACUCGUCCCCCAUAAACCCACGCAGUCCUCACAGCUAUGGAUAAGACCACACUAUGAAUCCACUAAUGCCUUUAUUGUCAAAUGUUCCAAACUUUCAACUUCCUACUUAAGUUAAAAAAAAACAUCAUCAAGCAUCAACGUCUUACUAUAAUAAUAUAUAAUUUAUAUAGCCAUCAUUUUUUAUAGUUAGUACGAUACGGUGUACAGACCUUUUCAAAGCUGCAGAUUAAGUCCUCAAUUUAGCAUUUAGAUUUAUGAUCUGGAAGUUUGGCAACAUUGCUAAAAAGAAGUCAGACGGAGCAAAAAAAAACAAUCAGACAAUUUUUUUUUCAGGUUAGCUAAAGAGGGAAAACAAAGGAGAAAAGUAGAAAUAUCUGUCAAACUACCAAUUGUCAACAUCAAUCACAUCAAUCACAGUAUGCAGAGAAGAUGCAAUGCAGAAGUCACAGGACACAAAGCCUUUGACCAAUGCUUUGCAUUUUCAAUCAGUGCCUCAAGAUUUUCCCAAAGGUUUACAUGUUAACUUGCAUAAAUUUCAGAUGUGCUCACUUUUGGGUUCCUCUAGACUGGUGGCUAGUUUAAAACAUUUAAAGGACAGGAAACAACGUUUUUUUGUCAUCGGUCUCUGAUGUAGUGAUAAUACCAUGUUUUCAGAGUACAACUGUAGAGACAAUAAUCUACUCUACAAAAAUGAAUUGUAAUAAAUAGGGCCGGGACUCGAUUAAAAAUAUUAAUCUAAUUAAUUAGAGGCUUUGUAAUUAAUUAAUCGAAAUUAAUCACAUUUUAAUCACAUUGCAUAAAUAUUUGACCUGAGAACAGUGAGAAGUCAUUUUUUUCACAUGGAUUUUUAUUUUUGUUCAAUCAAUUCCAGUGUAGCAAUAGCAUAUUUAGAAAUAUAGUACUUUCAGAAAUUCAGGUAGUCUAUAGGUAAGUAGACAUUCUGUAAACUAUGUUUUUUUAAGUAGACCAAUACUUUCAAGUACAUUCAGAACAUUGGUUAUUUUUUCAGACGUGGUCUUAGUUACCCUGGUCCUUAAACCAGUCAUGUGGUGCAGUGUGGGUUGGGUGUGGGUCCUUGUACUCGGGUCGGGCUAACGUCCACGCUAGCUGCUAAUUGUUUUGCGUUGAGGUGAUACUUGAGGCUCGAUGUGAAUUCCUUGUUGCAUAGCUUGCACACAACCAUGCUCUUAUCGACGCUUCCAUCCGUGUGUUUAUUAUAAUAAGAUUUCCCAUUCACGGGGCCACCCGGCACGGUCUCGUCAGCUUCUUCGUUCAUGUUCACUGUGGUUUGUUGUUGUCUGAAGUCAUGGACGCUAGUUGGUGCUCCAGUAUAAUCGGUCCGCCGAAACUCAUUCAGUGAGAAACGUUCCGCAGUGCAAAAAAUAAGUGUAAAAAUGCGUAAAAAAUGUUUAAUGUGUUAUUUUUUGUGUAAUUAAUCUUAAUUCACAUUGUAAUUAAUUAAUCUUAAUUAACGCGCUAAAGUCCCGGCCCUAGUAAUAAACUGAAAUGUAACUUAACAGCUGUUAACUUGGAUGACGCAAAUCCGAAUUUUCAAUUGUUUUGACUAUCACUGCCAAUUUAGUGCAGUGAAUGUAGUCCUAGAUGCUUUGACAUUUAUACACUAUAUAUUUAAACAAGGAAACUGAAUGAGAGAAGCCUCUUUGGUGUUGGCCUACCUGACUAAUGUCUGCUCAUCACUGUUUAUCCUGCUGAUGUGAACCUACUGUCUCCCUAAAUGAUCUCCAUCUCCAAACAAGUAGCUUUACUUCAGCACGAGCAGAAACCCAAAAUAACCAGCAUUUAAACCACAUUAACUCUUCACCCAAAAGCCUACGGAGCACACAAUCAGCCAAAAUAACCACUAGCCUUAAUCCAUUGCUGUUUAACGUUUCUUAACAGGGACAACUAUAAUGUCCCCCGUAGUGUAAACUGACGCAUCCUUUUGAUUUGUGCCAUUAUUCCAUUUUUAGACUUAAUAGCCUUUGUUUUGUUUUUCACCUCUCCAAAAUUUUCAUCUCUGUGAAAGUUGAUUAUGCAAGUGUUAUUUAAAGCUUUAUAAUCUUCUGUUUGUCUGUGUGUAUCAGAGUUUAAACAUCUAACACUGUGUUUUUAUAGUUGCAGCAUUGUGUAUUAAA